GUCCUCGCGGUCAUUGAGUAUAUAACCUCUUGCUCACCACCGGUGUUUUCAUCGUCUCUCACCACAUCUCUAGUCUGUUUGAGACUACUGCAUGUUCUCUAACCAACUAGGUAGCCCUCACAAUCCACACCGAGGCUCAAAGCACACCUGUGGCGACGCGAUAUAUCACCAUUAAAUACCAGUUCUUCCCGUCGUAUUCAACUCUCAACUAUGGCAUCUUACACGAACUCGUCGGGUCUCAACACUCCCGAGUCUGAGCUCGAGUCAAUUCUUCCCGUCCACCCGACCUCUGCUCGUCGCCCUUACCCGAUCGUCGUGCAGUCUGAUUUGACUUCAUACUCGGACGAGUUCAUCACUUCAAAGUUCACCAGCCGUAACGCGGACGUUUCGGUGACCGGUGGUCAGUACAUCGUAACUCCUUCCCUGAAGGAGUAUGAGUUCCAGACUGCUCGCAAAGUGUCCAAGACCGGACUGAUGAUGGUCGGCUGGGGUGGUAACAACGGGUCUACCCUGUCCGCGACUAUCCUCGCCAACCGUCACAACAUCAUCUGGCGCACCAAGUCCGGCGUCCAGCAACCUAACUACAUUGGUUCUCUGCUCCGUGCGUCCACAGUCCGCCUCGGAAGCGACCCGUCGACGGGCAAGGACAUCCAUGUCCCCGUCUCCGAUGUCCUACCCAUGGUGCACCCGAACGACCUCGUGCUUGGCGGGUGGGACAUUUCUGGCUCGCGCAUGGACGAGGCGAUGAAGCGUGCGCAGGUGCUCGACUGGGACCUGCAGCGACAGGUCGUGCCGCACAUGGCCGCACUCGGCAAGCCGCUGCCGUCGGUCUACUACCCCGACUUCAUUGCGGCCAACCAGGAGGCGCGUGCCGACAACGUCAUUCCGGGCAAGGACAAGCUGGCGCACCUUGAGCACAUUCGCGCCGACAUCCGCCGCUUCAAGCAGACCCACGGACUCGACCGCGUCGUCGUGUUCUGGACAGCGAACACGGAGCGAUACAGCGAGAUUAUCCCGGGUGUGAACGACACGGCGGAUGCGCUGCUCGCCGCGAUAAAAGCGUCCCACCCAGAGGUGUCGCCGUCGACCCUUUUCGCGGUCGCAUCGAUUCUAGAAGGCGAGCCGUUCGUGAACGGUGCCCCUCAGAACACGUUCGUGCCGGGCGCGAUCGAGCUCGCGGAGCUUCACAAGUCAUUCAUCGGCGGUGACGAUCUCAAGUCCGGGCAGACGAAGCUCAAGUCUGUCUUCGCUGAGUUCCUUGUGAAUGCAGGCAUCAAGCCGCUCUCGAUUGCGUCUUACAACCACCUGGGCAACAACGAUGGGCACAACCUGUCGGCCGAGCCGCAGUUCAAGAGCAAGGAGAUUAGCAAGAGUAGCGUGGUGGACGACAUGGUGAAUGCGAACGCGCUGCUGUUCAAGCCGGCGUCGGAGGAGGCCAAGGCCAAGGGCGGCAAGGCCGCGAAGGGCGAGCACCCGGACCAUAUCGUGGUGAUCAAGUAUGUCCCUGCGGUUGGCGACUCCAAGCGCGCGAUCGACGAGUACUACUCGGAGAUUUUCUGCGGUGGCCGCUCGACAAUCAACAUCUUCAAUGAGUGUGAAGACUCGCUGCUGGCGACGCCUCUCAUUCUUGACCUCGCGAUCCUCACGGAGCUGCUCACCCGUGUCAAGUACCGUAAUGUUUCCGCUGGUCAGGCUGAGUUUGCGCCGCUGUACUCGGUGCUCUCGCUGCUUUCGUACAUGCUCAAGGCGCCCCUCGUCAAGCCAGGCACGGAUGUCGUCAACAGCCUGAACAGGCAGCGCAACGCGCUCGAGUCUUUCCUGAAGGCCUGCAUCGGUCUUGAGGGCAGCAGCGACCUCUUGCUGGAGACGCGCAUUUGGUAGAUUGUGACAGAAGGCAGCGCAUGAGGUUCUCAACAACCCGUGAUACCCGUUGCAGCAGCGGCCGUGUCGUCAUUCAUCCGACAGUCCCAAGUAGUUUCAUGAACUUCCUACAUGUACCGUGCAAUUUAGACACAAUACAUCGUGGUCUUCCGUGC